CACACACGCACGCACAUAAUACGGCGGCACAGGCUUGAGGGAAGGUAUAAAUGCAGUGCUUCUGGGGCCAUUGAGACAACCAGAACCUGAACCCGGGACCCGAGACCCAGAGCAGACCUGAAGGAAGAGCUAGAGCCACAGACAUGGGAUCCAACGGAGCAAACCUCAUCGCCUACGCCGCUCUCACCGCCCUGUUGAUGCUGGUCGCCGGGGGCAGCCAGGCCGCCCCGAUGGAGUGUCACUUUGACUCAAGAGCGCAGUGUGACUUUGAGGGGAGGAACUACACCAUGGGGGAGACCUGGAUGGACAACGCCUGCAUGCAGUGCACCUGCCUCCACCCUAUGGGUGUGGGCUGCUGUGAGACGGUACACCGGCCAGUGGACUUCCCCGCGGGAUGUGAGGUGCGCGUGGAAGCGGUUACGUGCAAAGUGUCCCUGGUGCAGGCGGCCGACCCCCGUCUGCCCUGCAUCCCUGGGGAGAACCACCUGCUGGACCCCAGCCAUGGGGCCCUAAAGCUGGGGGAGUAGCGAGCCGGCACAGCCCUGUGUCUCCACGAGAUGGACACUUCUACGGUCAAAGUUUCUCAAUGAUGUAUUCUGCAUGGUCUGGAACCUUUUCACAUUAAGAGUGUUUAAAAAUAUAUUAUUAUUACUAUACUAGUCUUAAAAUUAAAAUGUAACCCGAAAUGAGGAUUCGGUUAUUACAGAUUAGCUAUGUCUUAGCUUAACUUUAAAUCAUUAAUGAUAAGGGAAUUAUGUUGAACCAAAUGCUGCUCAAGUGAUUUUUUUUUGUUUUUGUAAAAGAUGGCUUAUGGGCAAAGUUAUGUGCAGUGCACCUUAAAAUGUCCAAAAGUUUGCUACAUUAUGAUGCUAGAUCUUUUCACAAACUUGUUGCUAUACACUUUUAUUAUAAAAUGCUGUUUAGGGUGUAUGUGUGAUACUGUUUAAGGAGUGGUAAAAACGAAGUAAAUCUUUACUCAAGAAAUUGAGUGGCACUUUUUUUUCUGUCGAUUUUUAAAAUCCACUAUGCUUAACUAUAACAAUUAAAUUUACAAUCUAUCAAAAUCAACUAUGCUCUAGUGUAAAUACCAGCAUGUUUACGUAAGAUAAACCACUUAAUAUAUAGAACAGUUUAUAUUGUAUUUGAUGUGCUACAAUUCAAUUAAUCUCAAAAUAAAGUGCUUUACAACUGAAAUACUGUUUUGUGUGUGAAGAAACAAUUCUACAAAUUCCUCCAAACCACAGUUUUAUUUCAGCCACUGUUUGUACAGCCAUUGGGAAAUAAAGCCUGGCCUAUUUAACAGUGGAAAUCAUUGCUAAGAUUAAAAAAAAAA